AUGCUUGCGAUGCAGGUCAUCCAGCCUAUGGUGCUGAGGCUCCAGGAUAAGCACGCAGGAAAUAAGCUGACUGUCGGGAUUGUAACGUACACGACACCAACGACGAGACCGGCCAUUGUUGCUAGGAGAGCCUUUACCCAGGCCGGAGCCUUGUUUCCUCUGUUUAGGGAUGCACCACACUCGAUUGGAAUUGGCACAUCGGGAUCAGGGGGGCCUAUUGGGAUGGCUGUUUUCGAGGGAUUGGUUGCUGCUAUCGAGAUGUGCGACGACGUCCUCGAAAGUGCCUCUCGUCGCCAACGCGCUCGUCAUCCAACCAUUCCCGUUCAACCACCGAGCACGCCCAUCUUCCAUGUUCUUCUGAUCGGCGGAUCCCGCUUAGACUCUGCUCGUCGUCCUUUCUGCAAUAGAUCUACCUUGCUAGAUGACACGACCUGGGACACUCUUCCGGAUGAACUCAAAAAGAGGAACAUCAAUCUUUCCCUGUGCUUGAGUAACCAGAUUAAAGAAUUGGUCACUUUACAUACCAAGUUGUGGCCUACUCCCGACCCAGUUUGGUUCCCCAAACCAAAGGGUUACACCAUCUUGUUAGCCGGAACGCAUAUGCCAAACGCCAAGCGUCAACUCGAGGCUCAGCCAGCCGGUCCGACUCCCGCCACAGCCUCUAAACGACCAAAGAAUGACUCUCCUAAGCCAGCUACACGCCCAAUCCCACCUAAGAUUGAUCUUCCUGCUCCUACAUUCUCUUCACCACCACAAGUGGUCGCGCCUCCCCCUCCUUCCGCGCCUGCUCCUGCUCCCGUUCCUGUUCCUGCGCUCGUUCCUGCUCCCGCCCCCGCCCCUGCUCCCGUCGCUGCUCAGCCACCAGCUCCAGCUGCUGCUGCGCCCCCGCCCAUGCCAGCCUCAGCUCCAGUUCCACACCCUCCCUCAAUACCCCAAUCUCCUCAACAGUCACAGUCACAGUCACAGCCACAGCAACCUCAAUUUGAUCCAGCGACCAUUGCUUCUUAUCGCCAAUUACGCGCGGCGGUGAUCAACGCCAGUACUCCCUCAGAGCAGCGUGCGAGAAUCUUGCAAACCGGAUUCAGGAUGGACGAACACGGCGCGUUUGUCGGUGCGGCCGGCAUAAUAUUCGACGCCAAGGGGCAGCCUGGUAAUGGGGCAUUAGUACCACUCAAAGCUCAUGCAGAGCGAAUGAAACAUUUGAUGAUACUGAGGGCACAAGCUGGAGCAGGAAACGUGGCCGCUCAACAAGCUUUACUGAGGAUGAUGCAGCAACAAGCAGCAGCGUCUGGAUCAGGGCAAGUGCCCAACAAUGCCGCUCAACCGCCCGAGUCGAAUCCUUCACCUUCGCAUCACAGAUCGCCAAGCCAUAUUCAGACACAACCCCCUGUCAACCCGGAAGCCCAACCGGUCUCACAAUCCGCACACGGCUUCCAACCGGGCGGUGGGAACUCGUCAAUACCAGGCCAACAAUUACCGUUCCAUCCACCUGGCGCUUCCCCCGCUCACCAGCACGUACAACCGGGAGCUACAGCUCGGACGCAACCUGGUGUUCCUCCUAACCAACCUGGAGUUGUUGCUGCACCCCAACAACAAGGGCUACAUGCCUCGACGCCGCAGCAUAUCGGCAUGACACCCCCUCAAGGAACGCCACAGCUCGCACAUGCGACACCGCAAGCUGUACAUUCUACUCCUAAAUUCUCGCAUUCUACGCCACAAAUGGCGCAUUCAACCCCUCAGAUGGCACAUUCAACUCCACAGAUGGCCCACUCGACCCCACAAAUGAUCCAAACCACUCCGCAGAUGGCCCACGCGAUUCCCUCGCAGGCUCAGGAUCAGAUUAUGCCUGGAGGUGGACAGCAGCAAUCACCGCCUAACACUCAAGGAAUGCCUGGAGCCAACGUUCAGGGAAUGCCCGGAGCUAGUCACAAUCCGGCCGCUGCUCCCACUCAAGUGCCGGGUGGUCUUCCUGGAGCCGGCACAACUCAUCCGGCACAGGACGCUAAUGCUCCUACUCCAGCGACAAAUAUCUGGCGCGGUCAGAUUGUCUACCUUCUCCAGCAACGCCCUGAUCAGGAGCCUACGAGCCUUCAUUUCUCAGUCAUCGCGGCAGGUGCUCCGAACAAGAACAUUGAAAUUCACCGCUGGCCCAACCGCCUACAGAAUACGACCGGAUUCAAACAGCUUCCGCCAAAUGCGGGUGCUCAGUUGUACGCUUCGCCGGUGCCAUUUGGUCAGAUCUCGAUUGAUCCCGCUCAUGCGAGCACGGACCAUCAAAAAUGGCAGGUGUUCCAAAAAAUCAUUAGUGCCAACUGGUGUAUAUUCUACGAAUUCCCUCCUGAUCCGACCCCGAAUCCUAUUCAAGGCUCACGCGGUGUGCUCUUCUUCACGGCCCCCCAGGCGCAGGGACGAAUAUUAUUCAAAGUCUUUAUUGACCGGCCGUGCCCACCUGUCCUCGUGCAUGGUGGACAGCCUGCCGGACCUGCGAUCACGCGAACGCUACCACCUGGAUCUGGUGGGAACAACCCUGGGCCUUCUCAGCCUCCCGCCCCGGUGCCGAAUCCUCCAGUUCCUGUCGCCCCCAGUAUAAGUCCUGCACCAGGGGCUGGAAAUAUCCCAGGUAUUCCUGGUGCGCCACCAACGAUACCUGGCGCAGGAGGUGUACCUGGAAUGCCUGGACGACCAACUGCACCACCCGGUACAGGUGUUCCCGGCGCGGGUAUGCCUGGUGCGGGUAUUAACCCAGCAAUGAUGCAAGGACUAAAUCCUGCCGUAGCGGCUAUGAGUGCCGCUGGAGCUAUGAACGGAAUUAAUCAGGCCGCCGCUGCCGCUGCCGCCGCCGGAAUCUCCGGUGCAGGUAUGGUUCCAGGACUGAACCCAGCAGCUGCCGCUGCGGCCGCAGCGGCCGCAGCCGGGGCAAACUCUGCCGGGCAAAAUUUCAAUCGCAUGCUCAACCAGAUGGCCCUUGCCAGACUUGGCUAUACGCCUGCCCAGCUCUCUGCUGCGCCGGAACAACAAAGACGGCUCAUGCUGAUGCAAGUCCAGCAGUUGGUACCUCGUUUGCGCCAACAGAUGCAACAGAAUAUGGCGAAUAAUAUGGGUGUAGGGAUGCAGCCGCGCCUUGGACCUCAACAGGGUAUUCCCGGAGGUCAGCCAGGGCUGGAACACCUUCAGCAGUAUAUUCGUAAUCAGCACCAACAGCAACAGCAACAACAACAACAACAGCAACGUCAAGGAUAA